GGAACGCCCGCCUGCCGCUCUUGCUUUCAUGCCACCACCAUCUCGGAAUGUUCUAUGCCCUAGGAAAUUACCUCAGUGAGCGACGACGAGGGCUCACGAAGGUCACCGCGUACGUCGGCAGUGCGUACGUUCUCGGACGCUAUGUCUCCGCACGACUGGAGGAGGUUCGGACCACGCUCGUCCAGGAACGGGUGGCACGCGAAAACCUGCGAAGGAGGUUCGACCAGAAUCAACAGGACAUCUCGUUCACCGUGAUGGCGCUACUCCCCGCGCUCGGUGCUCAUAUCCUCCAAGACAUGGACGUCGAAGGUGUCACCCAGGAGCUACAGUCCUUCUCCAAAGCACCUAAGGAACGCAUAGAACCUCCACAUGCCGCUCCACCAUCCGAGUCCAGCAUCACGUCCAGCGUGGACAACCACCGCAGUCCAGACGCAGACAUGCGGUCCGAAAAUGGCUCUGUUUCUGUAAUAUCGUCCAAUGACGGAGUCGCCACAGACUUGUCAACGUCAGCUGGUAGCUGGGUCGACCAAUUUUCCAUGCCUUCCGCGCAAGUCUCACAUCUAUCUGAGUCUACGAGAGAUGGUGCUGCUUCGCCGUCCCCAAAAUCCAGCAUCGGCGCGGAACUGUCAGAUUCUAUUAUCACUACAAGCUCCAUGUCGAGCGCGGCUGCGCCUGGACUUCCGAACCCUUCUGCUUCCCCUGAACAUCACGUCAAUAUUCCCAGUCCCACCACUAAAAGCAAGGCGGAACUAUGGCGAGAAGUGAAGAUGCUAACGUUCACUCGGACAUUAACUGUGAUAUACUCAAUCACGCUUCUGUCCCUCUUCACACACAUUCAGUUGAGCGUACUUGGACGCUCGAAGUAUAUCCAAUCGCUCAUCCAGCAGGAACACGACGAGCGAAUGCGUGAACAGCUGGAAUACAGCACGUCCAUAUACUCGCUAUUCUGGCGCGACAACAGUCUGGAGGACUCUGAGACGGACAUGCUCGAGGAGUCCGAGACAGUGAGCGAGGAGACAGAACGGAAAUACCUUACCUUGAGUUGGUGGAUCCUGCAUGUCGGUUGGAAAGACGUUGGCGAGCGAGUGCGGAGGGGUGUCGAAGAAGUCUUUGAAGGGGUCUCGCUUAAGACAAAAUUGUCUGCCGCAGACCUACAUCGUCUAAUCAACGACGUCCGCCGUAGAGUGGAGUACGAGGUCACGUUUGAGGGCAAGGAGCGUCGAAUAAACUUCCUGUCUACCCUCCUUCCGCCAACCCCUGAGACCCUCCAGCAUGUGCUCACUCAGGGCGGCAUUCCCUCAUGGCUCGCCAGUGCACAUGACCCCAAAUUCGAUGCCUUCCUGGACGAGACACGUCAGCACCUCGCUUCCGGUUCCUUCGAGCGCGUGCUCGAGGUGUGUCUGGACAACGCGAUGGACAUGCUUUCCCGCGGAGUGGACAAGCACGUCUUUGGCUCGCACGGCGACGACGACGCGAUGAUGGGUCAAGAGCCGAGGGAACGUCUAGCGGCGAUGCUCCCCGGACUAGCGCGGUGGUGUCACCUCGCGCUGGAGAGCCUGCCAAAUGAGCUCGUCGACGCCUUGGCAGACGUCAGGGAGGUUUCGGCAUUCUCAGCUAUUAUUUAUACAAGCUACGACGAUCGCUUUCGGUAA